UAACCAACAAAACCAACCGACUAUCCCCAAAAGUCACCCCACCUUCCCGUUUCCACCAAAACAACAAAAAACAGAUAAUAAAUUAAAAUUAAUUAAAAUACGAGCAUUUGCCGAUCCGUAUUCCACAUUCCAAACUCCGAUCCGCUCUUCACUGAUGAGCUCCGAAGCUUCCGACUCGUCCGGUGGCGGGUGUGCUUUCACGGCCGACAAGGACAAGCAGAAGGAGAAGGCCCGAGUCAGCCGCACCUCCCUCAUACUCUGGCACGCCCACCACAACGAUGUCGUCGCCGUCCGCAAGCUCCUCGAGGAGGAUCAAUCCCUCGUCCACGCCCGCGACUACGACAACCGCACUCCGCUCCACGUCGCCUCGCUCCACGGCUGGAUCGACGUCGCCAAGUGCCUUAUUGAGUAUGGCGCCGAUGUCAACGCCCAAGAUCGCUGGAAGAACACUCCUCUGGCUGAUGCUGAAGGAGCUAAGAAGCAUAAGAUGAUUGAGCUUCUGAAAUCGUACGGUGGCUUGUCUUAUGGCCAAAAUGGGAGCCAUUUCGAACCGAAGCCGGUGCCGCCCCCUCAGCCCAACAAGUGUGAUUGGGAGAUUGAACCGUCUGAACUCGACUUCUCCAGCUCACUUACGAUAGGGAAGGGCUCUUUUGGCGAAAUUUUAAAAGCGCAUUGGCGUGGGACACCAGUUGCUGUCAAACGCAUUCUUCCAUCUCUUUCUGGUGAUAGAUUGGUGAUCCAAGACUUCCGGCAUGAAGUUAAUUUGCUAGUGAAGCUUCGUCAUCCUAAUAUUGUCCAAUUUCUUGGAGCUGUCACUGAGAAGAAGCCCCUUAUGCUAAUAACGGAGUAUUUAAGAGGGGGUGAUCUUCAUCAGUACCUCAAGGAAAAGGGUGCACUUAGUCCUACAACGGCAAUUAACUUUGCUUUGGAUAUUGCCAGAGGCAUGGCUUAUCUUCACAACGAGCCAAAUGUUAUAAUUCACCGAGACCUAAAACCAAGGAAUGUUCUCUUAGUCAAUUCUAGUGCCGACCAUUUAAAAGUUGGAGAUUUUGGAUUAAGCAAGCUCAUCAAGGUUCAGAAUUCUCAUGAUGUAUACAAGAUGACCGGCGAAACUGGAAGUUACCGCUAUAUGGCUCCUGAAGUUUUUAGGCACCGGAGAUAUGAUAAGAAGGUUGACGUGUUCUCUUUUGCAAUGAUACUAUACGAGAUGCUUGAAGGGGACCCACCACUUUCGAAUUACGAGCCUUAUGAAGCAGCCAAAUAUGUGGCGGAAGGACACAGGCCUUUGUUUCAUGGAAAAGGUCACACCCCGGAACUGAAAGAGUUAAUAGAGCAGUGUUGGUCUCACGACAUGAACCAGAGGCCUUCUUUCUUGGACAUUCUCAAAAGGCUUGAGAAGGUAAAGGAAAAAGCUCUACAAGCAGACCAUCACUGGAACAUAUUUAAUGCAUAAAUUUGAAAGUAUCGACGUUGCCAGGUACAUAAGUGAAAGUGAUCCUCUGCCACUCACUUGUAGUUCCGGAUCUGCACUGGGAUUGUGAAUAGGCUAAACCGUGAAAUCUUGCGAGAGUAAUUGUUGCGACUAGCGUUCUACUACUCUGUUUCAGAUUCUUAUUGUGAACGGCAUUUUUCCUUUCUCUUUUUUUUUUUUUUUUUUUUUCUGCAUAACAGUACGUCGUCGUCUUACAAACUUGUCCAAAUUAACGUAUGAGAAUUUUCAUGUUUUGACUUGAUAA